UAGAAAUAUCAUCAAGCACUUUCCAAGAUGAUGCUCAAUGGAAGUUUGAAGCAGACCUGAAUGAACAACAAGUCUCUCUUUUUAGCUAUGUGUCUCCAUCUUAAUAUAAACCGCUUUGAAAAGUAAGAUAGCCCAUUUGAGAAGGCAAACUACAAGAACUAUUAAAAGUCAAGCAUAUGGUAGUAUAUAUGUGAAAUAUCCACCACUCACACACAUGCAUUAUAGAGUUGUAUCUUAUCCAAAGAUGAUGAGGUUACUUGUAGUAGUUUCAGUCCUAUGCCUUACCAAAACCAAGGUGCUAGCAGUGUCCAUGUCGAUGCGCGGUUGUCCCGAAACGUGUGGAAAUAUUACAAUUCCCUAUCCUUUCGGGAUUGGUGUUGAUUGCUACGCAAAUUCCUCAUUUGCCGUUGUCUGUCGGAACAAUACAAAUCCAUACAGACCCUUUUUAAGGAGCAUCAACAUGGAAGUGCUAAAUAUUUCUGUGCUAGGUACUGUUAUUGUGAACCAUCCCGUGUCGCCUUUGAAUUGCUCACGUGAGCAGACAAUACAGGAUCUCACAACAUCACUCGUGGGAAGCCCGUUCACAAUCUCAUCGGAGCACAAUUCGUUGGCAGUUUUGGGCUGCCAAACUUCGGUCUGGCUACGUGCUAAUGAGACUACCACAAUUGGUGGUUGUAUGGCCAUUUGUGAUCCAAAUUCGACCAAUGCACAUUGCAAUGGCGUAAAUUGUUGUCAGACAACAAUUCCUUAUGGACUCCAGAGGCUUCAGUUUACUUACCAAAACAUGGUGUCUUCUACCUCCUUUAAUAAUAAUAAUAAUAAUAAUAAUAAUAAUAAUAAUAGCUUCUGUGGAUACGUUUUUCCGGUCGAAAUGAAAUGGUUCCAAGAGGGUUAUAAACAUUACAAUAGCCUCCAGGCAAGUCUGUCAAAUCCAUUUGACCAAGAAUUCGAGUCAGCACCUCUCGUGCUUGAGUGGGAAUUCUUCCACACCGAAGGUUUUCGGUAUACAGGUACAAGCUGCCGUGGGAGAGGGAGAAUAAGCUACUACACCUAUGAUUCUGACACCUAUUUACCUUCAGGCCUAUUUUGCUCCUGCAGAUAUGGGUUCGAAGGAAAUCCAUAUUUUUAUGGAGGAUGUGUAGAUAUAGAUGAAUGUAGCAAUGCAACUAAUAACCCCUGCCAAUAUGGAAAUGGAAAUUGUAUCAACGAGAUAGGAAGUUACAGAUGCAUUUACGAAAAGAACAAUAUUAAAACCCGACUCAAAAUUGCGUUCAUCAGUAUAGGGAGCGUGCUAGGUGCAUUGAUUCUUCUUGUUGCCCUUUGGAAGUCGGGAAAAGCUAUUCGAAAAGUUAUCAAGGCCAGCCGUAGAUACAUGUUCUAUAAGCGUAAUGGCGGCUUGUUAUUGGAGCAACAGUUGUGUUUGAGUGAUAAAAGUGGAGUGGAUAGAACCAAGUUGUUUAGUGCCAAAGAGUUGGCUCAAGCUACCGACCGUUACAAUGAAAACCGUAUACUUGGCGGUGGUGGCCAAGGUACGGUUUACAAAGGAAUGUUGACGGAUGGAAGAAUUGUAGCAGUUAAGAAGUCGAAGAGGGUAGACGAAGAUGAUCUUGAAGUGUUUAUUAAUGAAGUUGUCAUCCUAUCACAAAUAAACCACCGAAACAUAGUCAAGCUACUAGGGUGUUGUCUGGAGACAGAAGUUCCUCUUCUUGUCUAUGAGUUUAUCCCGAAUGGCACACUUUUUCAACAUAUCCAUGACCCUUUUGAGGAAUUUCCAUUUUCUUGGGAAAUUCGUUUAAGGGUCGCCAGAGAAAUAGCAGGAGCACUUUCUUACUUGCACUAUGACACAUCACCGCCUAUUUAUCAUCGGGAUAUCAAGUCGACCAACGUACUAUUGGACGAUAAGUAUCGUGCCAAAGUGUCUGACUUUGGGACAUCAAGGUCAGUUGCUAUUGAUCAAACUCACUUGACGACACGGGUUUUGGGCACGUUUGGGUAUUUGGAUCCCGAGUAUUUUCAGUCGAGCCAAUUCACUGCAAAAAGUGAUGUGUAUAGCUUUGGUGUGGUGAUGGUCGAACUUUUGACGGGGGAGAAAGCAAUCUCAUCCGUUAGAGUUAGAGCAGAAGAGGGGAAAAGCUUAGCCACACAUUUCUUGCAUACGAUGGAAGAAAACGGUUUAUUUGAGAUUCUUGAUUCGAGGGUUCUCGAAGAGGGGGACAAGGAUGAAAUUAUGCUAGUUGCUCAACUUGCGAGAAGAUGUCUUGAUUUAAAUGGUAGAAGAAGGCCCACGAUGAAGGAAAUAGCGGUCGAGUUGCAAGGAAUUCAAGCGCCUAAAGAAGGUCCAAUGUUUCCUCAAAAUGAAUUUGAGAUUUCCGACUCUUACGACUUUUCUUCCUUCACAGAAAGUAUGCAUAUUCAUGAGGGCAGCACACGGUGUUCACUACUCGAUCAUCUUCCUUUGCUAGAUGAGCCAUAA